UCUCUGCAGCCUGCCCCUCGUCCCACAUACACCUUCGCGCCUGCGGAGGCUGGAGGGAGCUGGUGCACAGGGAAAGGGUCAGAGACCGCGGAAAGGGUCACAGAGGGGUGGAAGAGAGAAGGCCCAGAACCGCUGGGCGGUUGCCUCUGCUCCUCUGUAGACGGGCUUGAGCCGAGCUCCUGGCUUUGCUAACCCAGCGCCUGGCUCGGUGCAGGGGCGGAGGUGGGUUUUCUGGCAGUGCCUGGCAUUCUCCCCAGCACGGCGCUUUUCCUUUCUGCUCCAGGAUGCGGGGUGCCGAGCACCUCUCCCGCUCCGCUCUCGGGAGCGGUGAGGUCAGCCAGGAAGCAGAGCACGCCUGCGGGUCUCGGUGGUUUGGUGGGAGAGGGCUCCUGGGCUUGCAGCACUCGCCCUGCGCCGCCGGCGUGCGGUCGGUCGCCCGCGAGGCGGUGGGCUGAUGCGAGCCCCUCCUAGCACACAGCAGCAACCGGCAAAUUAUGAAAAGCGGUGCAGAUAAAAAGCUGUUUGAGGUGAAGCGCAAGGACCAGAUGAAUGCCCUGAAGAACCUGAUUGAGCUCAAUGACGUCAACCAGCAGUACAAAAUCAUCGACAUCAUGCUCAAGGGACUCUUCAAAGUGCUGGAGGACUCCCGGGCUGUGCUCAUCGCUGCUGACGUGCCUCCUGAUGGGCCUUUCCCUCAGGAUGAGAAGAUAAAGGAUGCGUACUCCCACGUGGUGGAGAACACCGCCUUCUUUGGGGACGUCGUCCUGCGCUUCCCCAAGAUCGUGCACCACUACUUCGACCGCAACUCCAACUGGAACAGCCUCAUCCGCUGGGGCAUCGGCUUCUGCAACCUGACGGGCGUGUUUGAGCAGGGACCCCACUCCCAGGUCCUGGGGCUGAUGGCUCAGGAGCUGGGAAUCAGCGAGAAAUCGCCCGAUUACCGCAAUCCCUUUAAAACGGACCAUUCUGAGAUGGUGAGCUCAUUGACACCCCCCCACCUGGUUAUACCCGAUCUCUGCCCAACUUUUGCCUCUGUGGGAACAGCUCUCCCUUCUUUCCAGUGGCUUUUUUACCAAGGAACAAGUCUUUCAUCGGUCAUCCGUGGUUGAAAAGGCCGAUGGCGCCGGUUCCCAGCCCGACAGCAUCCCCUUUUCCCAGGAGGCUGCUGCAGGGCGUCCCUGCAGCGAGGCGAACAGGCACAGAAUGUUUGGGAAGGGAGGGAUUUUGGCUCUCGGCCCCAUUUGCAGCAGCUGUGUGCCCAUAGCGCGAGCACUGCUGACGCUGAAGGUGCUGAGGAACCAGCCCUGAGCCUGUCCUGCACCCCCACGCCGUCCCAUCCCUCCGGUGUGGGGCUCUUCCUCUCUAGUUUAGUUCCCCAAACCCACUUCUCGGGGGGGGGGGGGGGGGCGACAACACGACAGCAGGGAGGGAGCCAGCCAGGGGGCUGCGACCCUCCGUGGGGUCUCUGGGCUGCAGCAGGAGCCGAGAUGAGGGGCUGGCCCCGGGACCCGGCACAGCAACCCUGCGUUUUCCUGUGGUCGCUGAUGAACUCACACCCGAGGAGGCUUUUGCGGGGGGGUGGGGGGGGGCCGUCCCCUGAGAAGCGGGUGCUUUGUGCCGGGCUGGGGGCACCGCGGCCCUUGGGAAAGGGGAGAUGCUCUGAAUUUUUAACUGCAGAGCCAAGUCUGGGGGCGCGAUGGGCGCGUGUUUUGUUUUUCUUGAAUAAAUUUGACUUUAUUAUUUUUAA